AUGAGAUUAGCAGUCUUCACAGCUGUUGCUCUCGCUGGGGCUACUUACGCGCGCCCUGGGGCUUUUUUCGACGAUGCGUCAAUCGUGCAGAAGGACCCAAACACCGUCGAGCCGAUCCCUGGCACGUUCGUCGGCUUCACCUGGGACGGGUUCGGGUUCACGUCGUGCCCCGGGGACGCAUGUCACUCUUUUCCUGCGAACUUUACGCAGCAGUACACACCGCCGCGGCUCGCCAUGGCGGAGGGCCUCGUCGUUGGGUUGCUUAUUCACCAAGUCGAUCUGGCGACGUCGCCAAAGGGCACGUUUACUCUUGCUGACGAGAGCGGCUCGUUAGAUCUUGGCGCAUUCGACGUGUUCGAUAUCAUCGACCUCCCGCGGACAAUCUGGUCACUUGUGUAUAGCAUGCGGCCGGACUCAGUGAAGCUGGGUGCAAAGGAGGACAUGCGCGUACACCUCGACUGCACGCUCGCGGGCGGCGCGGGGGACCACGUCACCCUCGCGAUCUCCUUCAACCGCAACAGAGACAGGGCGGGAUACUCGGUCACCGCGGACAAGCUUGGGAGCCAGUUUGUCGCGCUCAGCGCGUGCACCAUUUUGACCACACAGGUGUUCUUUCCGCUGGGUCAGGAGCUCGAGAUCCCGACGGAGAGCAUGGGCUUGGACAACCUGAACGUCUGCGUACGGUGA